AGCGCGUGUGCCGCCAUUUCGCGGCGACACUGCGGCCGCUCGGUCAUGGACUCGGCUGCGCUGCUGCUCCGCCUGUCUGCGGCAAAUCCCUUCAGCGCGCCCCGCUUCCAGCUGGUCGCCGACCGCGGGCCCGGACUCAGCCGCAGCCCCGGCACCGAGCAGGCGGCCGCAUCUCCCCCAUGCGCUGCCCCGGUGAGCCGGCGUCUGGCCGCGGCCGCCGCCACGGGGGAGGAAGAGUACAGCUGCGAGUAUGGCUCUGCUCGGUUCUAUGCCUUGUGUGGCCUGGGUGGUAUCCUCAGCUGCGGUACAACACACACAGCAGUGGUACCCUUGGAUCUGGUUAAAUGCAGGAUUCAGGUGGAUCCUGGCAAAUAUAAAAGCAUCUUCACGGGGUUUUCUGUCACACUGAAAGAAGAUGGUGUCCGUGGCCUGGCUAAGGGAUGGGCUCCAACCUUCAUCGGAUAUUCAAUGCAAGGACUGUGCAAAUUUGGUUUCUAUGAAAUCUUCAAGAAUGUGUAUAGUGAUCUAUUGAGUGAAGAAAAUAGAUACCUGUGGCGUACAUCUUUGUAUCUUGCUGCAUCUGCCAGUGCUGAAUUCUUUGCGGAUAUUGCACUUUCUCCAAUGGAAGCUUGUAAGGUCCGUAUUCAGACCAAACCUGGAUAUGCAAACACUCUAAGAGAAGCUAUACCCAAAAUGUAUGCUGAAGAAGGAAUGUGGGCAUUCUACAAAGGUGUUGCUCCUCUUUGGAUGAGACAGAUUCCCUACACGAUGAUGAAGUUUGCUUGCUUUGAGCGCACAGUUGAAGCGUUAUACAAACACGUGGUCCCCAAACCACGUAGUGACUGCACCAAAGGAGAGCAGCUGGUGGUGACCUUUGUUGCUGGAUAUAUUGCUGGUGUGUUUUGUGCUAUCGUAUCGCACCCUGCUGACUCUGUGGUUUCCGUGCUGAAUAAAGAAAGUGGCAGCUCUGCUGUCCAGGUUUUGAAGAGGCUUGGACCUGUCGGAGUGUGGAAGGGAUUGGUUGCCCGUAUCAUCAUGAUCGGUACACUGACCGCCUUGCAGUGGUUUAUCUACGACUCGGUGAAGGUUUACUUCAGGCUGCCUCGCCCACCACCACCCGAGAUGCCAGAGUCGCUGAAGAAGAAGCUUGGAAUUCAGUGAAAAACUACACAGGUGGACUUGGCCUACUCCCUGCCUAGGCCAGAUAUCCAUAAGACAUGUAAAAAAAGUUUAAUUUAAUAUUCAAGUAUCAUGUCUGUAAUGCCACAGUGGUGAAUGCUGGCAAAGUCAGCGUGGUGUUCAUCAACUCUCCAUUUCUGAAUAAAGAACAUUAAAUCCAAGUUUUAAAUGUGUAAAAUGAUCCACUUCGUUUGCAGGCUUGUUUAAUAAAUUUAAUAGAAUAGAUCAAAACUUUCAGUUUCAAUGAAAUACAAAAUCUUUUCAGUCUGGAAAUUUGUUAAGCAGAGCAAUCUAUUCGCAAAGCCACAGCUAUUGUAUAUUUGGUUCAGUCAGUAAAAUAUGUUUAAAGCUGCUUGGUUGUUAUUGAUUUGUGACUAAAUUACAAAGUUAAUGUGUGAUGGUUUAAACUUUUUAAAGUCACCCCUUGUGCUCUCUGCAAGUGGGUAACAUCCAUUUUAGUAGUUGAUCUAUUGAAGGUUCUUGAGUCUUUGAUACGAGGUUAAUAUUACCAAGUAGUCUUGUGCUGCAGGCAUGUAGACUUUGCUGCUGUGGAUAUUCUGUCAGAAACAAAUAAAAUAUUUGCAAGCUCUC